AAUAAGAUUAUGCCGGUUUUGUCAAAUUUAGAAUAAAAUUUAAUUAUUAACAUUUAGCCUGUGGGUAGGAAUUUCGUGUGUGAAAUAUAAAACAAAAGAAGGCACAAGCAUGGCCCCGGGCAGUGUCAUCCAAAUUUUGCGUGCAGUCAACACAUGGCGAGCGCCCACUCUCACAUCAUUUCGACGCACAUUGGGUAAUCAUCAGAAGACUAAGUCGUCGCUGCUUCCUCGUGCUCAGUGCACGGUGCGAGGCUAUAGCAGUACAGCGAGCAAGGAGGAACCUGCAGUCGCAGCAGCCGCCGCCGCCGCAGGUGAUGCUGGAAAUCCUACGCUGCUGUCCAAGCUCUUUCCACAAACUGCGCCAGAGACAAACAAAAGCGAGGAGGAGGAGCGCAAAAAGCGCGAAGAGGAGGAGACAAAGGAAAACGAGCGUGCAUGGAAGCGCAUGAAAUUGGGGUUUGCCGUGUUUGGUGGUGGCGCAAUUGUUGGUGGUUUUUGGGCGCUGUAUGAAUUCGGCAAGCCCGAUGUGGAUCCCAAUGGUCAGACCAUUGAGGAUGAGUUCACCCACAAGCCCCUAAUUCAGCAAUAUUUCCAACGCAUGUGGAAAUCGUUGCACUACUAUCAGAAAAUGAUACAGGAGCCAUCGCGCGAUAAGCUGCUGCCCGAUCCGCUGCAGCAUCCCUAUGUCCAGCCCAAAUAUACGCUUGUCCUGGAGAUGAAGGACGUGCUGGUGCAUCCGGAUUGGACAUAUCAAACUGGUUGGCGCUUCAAGAAGCGCCCUGGUGUCGAUCACUUUCUUGCCGAACUGGCAAAAGAGUUCGAAAUUGUCGUGUUCACGGCUGAGCAGGGCAUGACUGUGUUCCCCAUACUGGAUGCACUCGAUCCGCAUGGCUACAUUAUGUAUCGUCUGGUGCGCGAUGCCACGCACUUUGUCGAUGGACAUCACGUUAAGAAUUUGGACAAUUUGAAUCGAGAUUUGCGCAAGGUAAUUGUCGUUGAUUGGGAUAAUAAUUCCACUAAAAUGCAUCCAGAUAAUACAUUUGGCAUCGCUCGCUGGAAUGGCAACGACGAUGAUACGCAGCUCCUCGAUUUGGUUUACUUUUUAAAGAUUAUUGCCCAAAACAAUGUGGAGGAUGUGCGCGAUACGCUGCAUUAUUAUCGCCAGUUUGAGGAUCCAAUCAGUCAAUUUAGAGAGAAUCAACGCAAGUUGGCUGAACAAAUGCAGGAAGAGGAACGCUUGGAGCGUGCCAAGUCCAAGCCUAUGGUUAAGCAAUGGACGCGCAAUCUACUGGGACGCUAGGACCACAUCCACACACACACACACACAUUCGCCCCGUCCCCACACCAACUACGAACCACCAACACACAGCCAGAACGACGAAAAAUUCAAUUUUAGGGGUUGAGGGGGCGAAAUUCAAGUCUUCUUUUUUUGUAAUUUAAUAAAAUCAAGCAAAAUAUUUUUUA